UUCAAAAGCAGCUGAGAAAACGGUGAAGCGCACAUGAAGUUCAUCUGUGUCACCCGCAAGCUCUGACAAGCUGUUAGACCGUAGGCAGCCUUUGACACCAAAAAUAGGAGGCGAGAAGGAGAUCGGGCUGGGGGAAACGGAGGAUGCAGAAGAUUUGAGAAGAGGACAUCGGUGCAAUUUAAAAGAAAAUAACAGUAGAAGAAUGGCAGGACGGAUGGACUGAAAAGGGGAAAGGAAGGGCGCCUGAGAGCUGACCACAAACCCUUUAUUUUCAUUAUUUCUGCUACUGUAACUGCUGCUGAUUUCAGUUUGUGAGCCGUAUUCGGUGUUUCAGGACCCACGAGUUGUGAAUGCAUGUUGUUUCAUAUCGUUUAGGCACAAAGCGGUUCUAUUUAUUUGAAGCCAGCAGGUGGGUUGUUUUUGCAGUAUAUUAUCGGAUUAAUUAUUAAUUAUUUUGUCCGUGCGUGUGAGAAUCAGUGGGAAAGCACUAUUGGAGAUGGUCUUUGAGGAAGUCCCUCAAGCACUUGGUUGUCUGAAUAAAAAAGGAACUCUUCAUGAAGUCCGUUAACUUGUUGGAAAGUCUUACUGCUUUUUCAGUUUCGAUCGUCUUAUAAGUAGAAAAAUGUUAGCCUGAAGUACUGUAAUACAGUGCUGCAAAUCGUAGCGUGUUUUGACUGUUUCGGAUCAUUUCCAUUGUUCAUUUGACACUUGCACUAUUUUUUAUCUACAUCUCUUUUGAGGGUUUUUUGUGAGAUUAUAGCACUUGAUGUAGUCGACUCGUGCCAUCAUUGAGCUAAAGGGGAAGUUUUGUUGUUAUGAAUCUGUAUGUGUUUGAGAAUUCUGUACCAGUUCCUGCAGGGCGAGUACGGUGAGAAAGUCCCAGAUGUUCAUUUUGCCAUUUGUUUGACUAUAUAGGCGAGGUUAAAUCUCCUGGGGAAAUUAUUGGGACGUUAAAGUCUGAUGAGGCUAUUUUGCAAGCCUGUCCUUCGGCAAUGAAGGAAGUAGAGUUUUAGGUAUAACAGGAAACACACCAAUUAAGUUGUGUCGAAACGAUAUUCAGGGUAAAAUAUAUUCGAGUAUAUAUGAUUUGGAGAAACAGAUCUUCAUCCAGUAGCAAAAACAGAAUUGGAAAAAUCUGGUUUUUAAGAGAAGCUUGAAUCCUGCGCACAGUCAGCUGUCACACAUGACUGAUUGAUUAGGGGUUCAGGGUGUUAAGGAUUUAUGAAACUUUCAUUAGGAAACCAUCUCUGAGGUCAUAAGAGACCUUGUUGAAGUCACGUGUCUAGGAGAAUCUGCAGCAGUCGUUGUAAGACGGCGUAAGAGGAAGCUGGUGUCGAAAUUGCACUUCGGGGGGUGAAACGGGGAGUUUCAGGUUCGUGCUGCCGCUGGCAUUUGUGUGGGUGUGUGACGGUUCAGCAAGGCCUUCUCAACAAGGUGGCUGGAAGCUCUGCAUUGGAUUCGGCACCAGGGCGGUGCUCAGAAACUCAGGCUCCUUAAGGGUGUGACAGUUUCCCUGGGGGGGGCGACCCCUGACCCAGGCCGUCAGAGCAGGACAAUCAGCAGAGGAUACAGCGAGACGCCCUCGCUCUCACACCUCCUACUCUCAAGGUAUUUUCAAUUUUCCGCGGCGGCCUUAGUGGCUGGGAGGUUGACCAUGUGGGCUGGUUGGCUGACUCUGUCUGCACUCUGGGUGCUGGGCACUGUGGGCGGCAGCAACGGAAUGUCCACCUGCAAGACGCUGGACCUGGAGCUGGUGAAGAGGAAGCGCAUUGAGGCCAUCCGGGGCCAGAUCCUAAGCAAGCUGCGGCUGCUGAAGGAACCGGAGCCCCAGGAGGGCGACGAGGGCGAGAACAUCCCCUCCUCCUUGAUAUCGGCUUACAACAGUACGGUGAACAUGACUGAGGAGUGGGCUAUGCAGCACCAGGACCAGCCCUCGUCCCCUGAGCAAGAGGAAGAAGAAUACUUUGCCAAGGAAGUGCACAAGUUCAACAUUAUGUCAAAUUCCAAUAAGAAAGAGAUUCAGCUGAUUUUCAACCUGAGCGAGAUUCGGGCAGCGUUGGUGAGCGAGCACCUGCUGUCCUACGCCGAGCUACGGCUGCCCAUCAAAGAGGUUAUCUUGGACAAGGACAAAGAGCAGAGGAUGGAGCUGUACAGCGGCGACGGCGAGAAGGCCCGCUACUUGGGGUCACGCUUCGUCAACUCCAAGAUGAAUGGCCAGUGGCUGUCCUUCAAUGCUACACAGACCGUCAGGGAUUGGCUACUGGGGAAUGAAGAUACCCAGCAAUUGCAUCUGAAGCCACACUGUAGCUGUGAUGGUUCGUCUCAUAAUUUCAAGUUGCAGAUCUCAGGAAUGGAGGAGUUAAGAGGGGACUUAGAGACCAUGUCCAAGAACAUGGAGAAACCCCACCUCCUGGUGAUGUCGAUCCCUCAGGACCGCGCCGGCCAGCUCACGUCACGCAGGAAGCGCUCUACUGCCACGGAGGAGUCGUGCUCCGAAAAAAAUGAAAACUGCUGCGUGCGGAAGCUGUACAUUGACUUCCGGAAAGAUCUGGGCUGGAAAUGGAUCCACAGACCGAAAGGAUACCAUGCCAACUACUGCAUGGGCUCCUGCACGUACAUCUGGAAUGCGGACAAUAAGUACUCUCAGAUCCUGGCUCUGUACAAACACCACAACCCGGGGGCGUCAGCACAGCCCUGCUGCGCACCUCAGGUCCUGGACCCCCUGCCCAUUCUCUACUACGUAGGGAGGCAGCACAAGGUAGAACAGCUGUCAAACAUGGUAGUUAAGACCUGCAAAUGCAACUAAACACAAAUGAGGAGGAUGGGUGAAGGAGGGGCCAUCCAAAGAUGCAGACUCAAACACAAGCGAUGGAGAUGUGGAUAGUUCCUGCCUGUGGAGUCACCAUCUUCCUGAAAGCAGGAAGAACCACCAAAGAGCAAAGGAGAAAAAAAUUGAAAUUCUCAUAUAUGCAUCUUAUAUAAAAUUAUACUUUUAUACAUUUCAGUUUCCUCUGAGGUAUUAAAUAUCUUGCAUAGACUGAAUUAAUUUAUUUUGUUCAGUAGUCUUACCGCUGAGUUUUGUUGUAUAGUGACUUGGCAGGCAGCUGAACGGGGCAAUAGCAUGGUGGUGACACAGGCCACGUUGUACGAAGGGAAUUUAAUACACUGGACUGUGCUUCAUCACACUGGACCAGACUCAGCUGAGAUCUUGUAGGGUUCUGGGUGUCCGCACGGCAUUAAGGAGCGUGAUCUGUGACAGUGGCGGGGACUCCAGAGGCAGAAUAGGCCCCGUCACCACAUAAAAAGGACAGCGGGCAAACAGCGGUCGCCUCAAGGAUGCGUUUCUGACCAGAGGGCCGUCAGAGCACAUGGACUUCUGGAGGCCUCCAGCCUUGAAGGAAGAGCGUACCAGUGCAAGGAAUUCUGCAUUUUGGAGACUGAGUCAUAGUAAAUCUGAGAGAUCAUUAUACAAUGGAGUGGGAUGACUGGGUUAGGGUUAAUGUGAACCUGCUUUUCAGUGGUUUGACUGGUUAAACCCUCCUACCCCUCAACACACACCUGAUGUGUGUUGACUCCUUUGGCCUGCUUGCUUGGCAAAGUUCUUGUGUUUAUAAGAUUCGUAUUUCAUUUUACGCUUUUGUAUCGGAUGUAUUUCUUAAUUGUUUUAGUCCUGGGUUAAUUACACCUCAUGUUAAGGGCAUAAUUAUUAUUACUACAGAAUAAAGUACAUAACAAAACCUGUUUUCACUUUA